AGGGUGCUCUCAAGCACAUAAGGUCAGGAUUGUUUUUUUUUUCAUUCGAUCCACUUUAACUAUUUCGGUUCGAAGAAUUAAAUCUACCGCUUCAAUAUAUCAUGCAGAGCCGACUUGCUUUUGAUGUGUAAAUUUUCAACAAACAUAAAUAUCGAAAAUCCUCUCCUCACAUUUUUGAAUGUUGUGCCUAAUUAUAACCACAAUGAAUAGAACUAAUUGAAUAAAUAAUAAUUUUUCACGGAUUCGAAUACUUAAACGCUCAAAAAAUAAUCACAUAUUUGGAGAACAAGCCAAAAAGUAUAAGGAAUAGUAGAUUUUUCAACAUAAAAUAUAAGCUAAAAUGAUAUGAAUUUUGGAUGCAUCAUACUCGUACGCGUUUCUUUCUCAUGAUUACCAAAAUAUUAAAAGCAUUGAAUAUUUAAGAGGUGAUAACGAAUGUGCGGACCAUAAAAAGGCAAUAUUUCGAUCUAGUUUCUGAAUGCAUUAAUCGUUUAGUGAAAUGAUUUUUUGCAAUAGUUUCAUAUUGGAAUCUACAUCGAAAUGUAGGAUUUUUUAUACUACAUACAUGAUAAAUGAAUGUGUAUAGGAGUUUACUCCAUAUCACUUUUGAAACAAAUCUGAAUACUUCCAUGACACUAUAGUAUAUACAUUGGCGCGCUUUGCUAUUACUUACACUGUUAAAAUUCCAAACACAAAAAUCAAUUCCUUGGCUUCCAAUCUUCAAACGUAUGAUAAGCAUAGCUUCAGUUUGCUCCUAGACGUUGAAUCGAAAACACCGAACUGUACUGCACAUACUGUAAACGCAAAAAUGUUCGGUGAACUACUCGUGAUAGGCAUUGUCAUAAUUGGCUUUCUUUUCUACAAACUGUCAACAGAGAAUGCCCGGUAUUUUGAAGAGCGAAAUUUAAAAUACAGAGGAGUAUUCCAUUUCUUCAAAAAUAUUUCCACCCUUAUUUCUGGCCAAUAUGACGGAUUCCAAUCGGGUCAAAAUAUGUACAAUUUUUUCUCAGAUGAACGAAUAUUUGGCGCAUUUGACUUUAACAUCAGACAGUAUGUCGUGCGUGACCCUGAGGUCUAUAAACUACUUGCCAUAAAAGAUUUUGACCAUUUUUGCGACCAUCGCGUUAUUAUAUCCGAAGAAAUUGAUGAAUUAUUCGGUAAUAGUUUAAUUUCGAUGCACGGGGAAAAGUGGCGGCAAAUGCGAGCAACAUUGAGUCCAGCGUUCACCGGGAGCAAAAUGCGACUAAUGUUUGAGCUCGUGUCGGAAUGUGCUGACGGAAUAGUGGAACAUUUCAUGAAACAGGCUGAAAACAAACAGAAAAUCAACAUUGAAAUGAAGGACUUCUUUUCACGCUACGCUAACGAUGUCAUCGCUACAUGUGCUUUUGGCAUCAAAGUCAACUCAUUUGCAGAACCAAACAAUGAUUUUUUCCAAACAGCCAAGAAAAUGAUGCGUUUUGGCGGUUUUAUACAGAUGUUCAAAAUAUUAGUUCAUUUUCUACUUCCGCAAGUAGCAAAGCUUCUCAAUUUACAGUUUUCUGAUCGAAAACUGUCAAUGGAAUUCAAAAAUAUAAUUUUGGACACGAUGGCCAUGCGAAAGCGAAAUAAUAUCCAUCGUCCCGAUAUGGUAAAUAUGUUGAUGCAAGUGCGUGAUGGACAUCUGGAGCAAAAGAUUGAAGAGAAAUCAAAUGAAAUCCAAGAAGGAUUUGCAACAGUCGAGGAAUCGAAUGUGGGAAAAGCUAAUGUGACUCGUAAAUGGAGUGACAGUGAGCUAGUUGCUCAAUGCUUUUUGUUUUUCAUCGCUGGAUUUGAAACGUCAUCCGCCCUUCUUACUUUUGCCGCAUAUGAAAUUAUGGUCAACGCAGAUGUUCAGCAAAAGCUCUACGAGGAAAUUUCCGAAGUGAAUGAACAAUUGGGUGGAAAGCGAAUUACCUACGAUGCUCUUCAAAAGAUUAAAUAUCUAGAUCAAGUGAUCUCGGAAACUCUGAGAAAAUACCCGACUGCCAUUCAAACCGAUCGCACGUGUGUGAAAGACUAUGUUUACGAUGACGGUGAGAGAAAAUUCACCAUCGAAAAAGGAUCGAAUGUUAUAUUCUCACUUAUCGGCGUACAUCGCGACUCCAAAUACUAUCAAGACCCAGAAAAGUUCAAUCCAGACCGUUUUAAUGAUGAGAAUAAGCACAACGUUCUGCCAAGCGCAUAUGUUCCCUUCGGCGUCGGACCGCGCAACUGCAUCGGAUCCCGUUUCGCUUUAAUGGAAGCCAAAGCAAUUUUGUACAAUUUGCUACUGAAUUUCUCAUUCGAACCGAAUAAGGACACAAAAAUACCAAUCAAAUUGAAAAAAACAUUCUUCAUUGUAUUUGAUGGCGUUCAUUUAGAACUGAAACCUCGUGCUAAAUAAAGAAUUAUAUUAUGAAUAUGUUGAAAUAUUUCGAAAUGAUGCUGCAGCGUUUGGUAUUAUUAGAGCUUGAUACAAAAAUUGAUUGAUUUGGCGAUUCACCAAGCAAGAUUGUAUCAAAAAUCAUGGAGAAGAAACGUAUACGAGUAUUAUGCAUCAAAAAUUCUUAUAAUUUUAGUUUAUAUUUUAUGUUGAAAAUAUACUAUUCCUUGAACUUUUUGGCUUGUUUUUCAAAUAUGUGACUGUUUUUCGAGUACCUUAGCAUUCGAAUCUGUAAAUAGUCAUUUAUUCAAUUAGUUUUAUCGUUCUCAUUCGAAUACCUCAAAAAACUUGAUCAAAAAAUAUGCAACUGUUUAUUUUCUCAAUAGUAACACAAAUACAGACUUAAUGUGCUUAAUUAUGCUUCAAAAUAUUUUGUAACAAUGACUUGGGCUGCACUUGGAUUCGAAAUGGGUUUGCUGUUGUGUGGCAAAAGGAGAUGCCGCUUGGCCAAUGGCGUGUUGGCUUGUGAUUUCGGGCGAAUAAUUUGAAUGGCAGCUGAUGACACUUUUAUCGAACUCACAAGUGGAUCUUCAUUAACCGGCCGCACGUCUAGGUCCAUUGCAACCACAGAGCCUGUACCGGUUGAUGAAAUCGAUGCACUGGAUAUGCACUGAAUUAACACAAGAAAUAAUGAUCACGUUUCAAUAAAAACUGAUCAAUGAAUUUCCGCAAAGCUUAUCUUACCGAUAUCAAGCAAAGAAGAACCAAAACUCCAAAGUAAAAAGUACGUUCCAUGUCGACAGUUUGACGAUUACUAAAUAAAAUAGCUUAAAAUCGACUUUACUCGAAACAAUAGCUGUCUUUUAUGCGAGACUCUGAAUACGAGAAAAGAAAUUGAAAGUGAAAUAAUACGUUGACUAUAUACUGUAAUUGAGAUAAAAGAAAAAACCGUAUGUGUGCACAGAGGUGAAUCAGCGUACAGUUUAUGAAGAAUUGUUGACUCAAAUGACGACUGAAUAUCGUUUUCUUUAGUGCGCCGCAUGACGGAAUCAAGCAGUGGAACAACGGACAAAAUCCAUAUUCGUAAUGAAAAAUUGUUUUCCUAAAUGGCGUAAUGAGUAAAUAAAUCUUUCGAUACACCGUUUCAUUUCAUCAACAUAGAUAAAAAUGUAGCAUAGCACAUGCCAUUCUCUAUUUUAAGUAGCCAGUGAUGUCACCAUAUCUUUUUUUCUUCUAUCAAUCGCAAUGUGAAGAAAAAAAUCAAGCUGAAAAAAACACCACAAUUAUUCCGAAAUGAAUAAUUACGCAAAUAAAGCAGCUUGUCAUAUUUACAAAUGUUCUGAUGCAAUGAAACGCCUGCAUUUAGAGCACACACAGACACCUUCUUUUAAAAUCUUUUUCGACAGAAACAAACAAGUUUAGUGUAUUUCAAUGGUUGAAAUUAUAUAUUUAGAACAAACUGAGUAGUAAUUUUUGUUUUUGAAGCCUAACAGUUUUUGAUUCUAACUGAAUAAAAUGAUACAUUAUAAAAUUGAAAA